CAAUGAUGGCUCGACUGUAGUUUUUAUGAAGUUUUAUGUCGGUCUGCAGUCAUCAGCUUAUCAUGUAGUCGAACAGUGUGCUUAGAGACAUGCAGAUUCGCGCCCGCUUGGUCAUUUUAUUGGGAAUAACUUUAUUUUAUUUCAAAUAUGCCGAAUCCGUGACAAAGUAUGCCUGCGUGAGUUUUAGCGGAAUAGGCAGUCCACGUGCCCCUUAUGGCGGUGUUAUGGGUCCUAACUGGGAAUUUGACUUGUUCGGCGACAGCAACUCCAACUCAGCAUCUUCUGAGGAAUUCUUUGGAUUCGGCGGUUAUGAUCCCCGAGCGACCCGGUACGGAAUGAUCCCGGGGUUCGGUGGCCCUGCACCUAAUAUGUCCCCAGGGACAUCCCCGCUAGCAGCGGGUGCGUUUUCCCCACCUUACACCGGGGCAGCGGCUCCCGGUUUGCCGAACACAGCGGCCAGUCUCGGGGGUGCCUCACAUAUUACUGGACAAAGCCCCCAAGCCAUUGGACCCCCGGGUCACAUGCCCUACCCCCCUCGCCCACCAGGAAAUCCAGGGAUGGUUUUAACCGGAAGACUUACAUGCGCUGACCGUCCGGGGUCCACCAUUUUAAUAACAAAACUGGUUUACGGCAAUGGCGGCAUAUACACGUGUUCCGCGCCUGACCAGGACUGUGAUAUUGUGGACUAUCAAGACACGGAAAUCACGCCGUUCUGUGACGGUAGAGUCAACUGCAACAUCAGAACCACGGGGAAGCUGUUACCCUCCUGUAAAGCAACCAGUAAUUUCGUCCAUGUGGAAUACGAAUGUAUUUUUCCGUGGUCGUCUUUCAACAUAUGCAAGGACACUGAGACUGUUGUACGGGAACUGGAAGUCUACAUCAUGUCACCCAGCUUCUUCCAGGCAGCAACCCCGCCAUCCAAAAAGUGCGAAUGUAUCCUGAAAAGUCGUUACGACAACCGCAUCAUGGCCCAGUACGUGCACACCGAUCUACACGAGUCCGGAAAUCUCACGUGCACCGAUAGUUCUGUCCUGUUUGAGAGUAAACUAAACCCCAACCAGACAGAGCUCGAGAAAAGGACGGAAGUGUGCGGCAGACGAUCACUCAACAAUUACUUGUACAGGGGUGAUCUCAGAAUCACAUUUCGUGAUUCCGAUUCUGGGGGAUCCAGAGGCGGGUUUGUCUCCAAAUUACUUGUUCCACCCAUUGGAAUGGGUAUGCAAAAUGAAAUAGCUAUACAGUGCGGACCUGUAAGAAACGCAGGAGAUCCUACUCCUGCGCCAAACAGCAUGAACAACAACCCAAUGGGAAUGCCGUUCCCUGGAUCUUUUGGGCCCUAUUCCCCAUUAGGGACGCUUAAUUCACCAUUUCAGCAAUCUCCCAGAAUUCCCGCACCACCGGUGUUCGAAGGAGUCAACUCAAUGCAGCCUCCUAAUGUAGGAAUGCCAUUUCCGGGCAUGGGCCCCCCACAAGCAAACUGGGGAGGACAGACAAAUUGGGGCAAUCCUCAGUUCCAGGCUCCCAAGUUCUCUUUCGGUCCCCCAGGCGGAGGGACCACCAGUACAGCAGCACCCCCAGCGUGGGCUAGAAAUGAAAAACCGCCGAUACCGAUCGCAAGCAACAUAGGACCGCCGCCAUUGAUGACAGCCACAAGAAGGCGGCCUCCUACGCGACAAAGGAUACAGAGUAAGGAUGUCACCGUGGAAACCAAAGAUGGCGGCGUGGAUAAUACAGGGCGACUAGUAGCAUACGUUAUUGGUGGAAUAGGCGCUGUUAUGACAGCCUUUGGUGCUUUGUUUAUUUCUUUAUACUGCACAAGGAGAAAACAAAGGGUUCUUGAGAGGAGAGCUUCGGAGAAGUCGAACACUGAAAUAGAAAACCAAUCCUCUAGUUCUGAAGACAUACCCGUGUACAACGACCCCUCUGCAUCAGAUCUCGUACAUCCAAUAGAACGCGCGAACUGUGGUCACGUGAACAGUGCCUUCGACGAAACCGAGGCAGCUGCAGGGGAUAGAAUCAGCGUCAUAUCUGGGUCAUUUGAGGACAUUCGUCUGCACGACGACGGGAAUUACCUGUCUCUGGAUGAGGUAGCAGAGGAAAGACGAAGAGGUUCCGGUGAUGAUGUCCCUCUCGAGAUGAUGGUUGAAUCCAAGUACUGCAAGAGCCUCGAGGUGGUCAGACGGCCCGGGGAUUUCGAAGAGAGUGUCUACGACAACAAUAUCUAGAUCUACCGAAAAUCCACAAGUUAUCUAUUGUUAAUUGUUGCUUUUAACUUAAUAAACUCUUGAUAAAUCUUA